UCAAAAUUAAAAGAAUUGGAAAUAAUAACAUUUACCAUUUCGAAACAUUAUUCAUUUCUUUUCAUUAUUUACUGCGUUAAACCAAGUAUUGCAAAUACGAAUACAUUUCACCUUGACGAAGGAACCGAAGACAUUUUUAAAUGUAUUAUUAAUCUCGUAUAGAAAUGAGUCAAAGAUCAAUACUUAUUGUAUAGAAUCGAUAUUGUAAUUCAUUGGUAUACUUUAAAGGUAGAUCGAUUUUAUAAUUCAUUUGUAUACCUUACAGGUAGAUCGGUUAUUCAUUUUAUAUGCGAAAAUGUUCUGGAUUAUCGAGCAGUGCUAAUUUUUCUACAUUCAGUGUUAUAUUUCAAAUCAUUGUCAAAUAUUUGUAAGGAUUAAAAGAGGAAGUGAGUAAGGCAUCGUAUAUACAAUGUCUUAUAACAACACUACCCAACCAAACAUUUUAAAUGUAACUGAGGAAACGUUACAUCAAGUAUCUGAGGAAGAUAUAUAUGGUUUCUGGAUAGGAUUUAGUCUCGCUGUAUUUUCAAAUGCAUUCACUGGAAGCAGUUAUAUAGUGAAGAAACUUGGAUUAAAUAGAGUUGCCAAGAAACAAGAAGGAGUACUGCCAGAUCAUGAUGGAUAUGGUUAUCUUAAAGAGUGGCUUUGGUGGGUCGGGAUGAGCUUAAUGAUCUUUGGAGAAAUCCUGAACUUUUUAGCCUACAUUUUUGCCCCGGCCACAUUGGUUACACCAUUAGGUGCUCUGAGUGUUAUUGUGACAGCUGUCAUGUCAUCAAUAUUUUUGAAAGAAAGACUGAAUAUAAUAGGUAAAGUGAGCUGUGGAUUGUGUGUGAUUGGAUCCACUGUUAUGGUUGUACAUUCACCCCAAGAAACCCAAGUUCACAGUAUGGAUGAAAUGUUAGAGAAAGUUCAAGAACCAAUAUUUAUCGUGUACUGUUUAACGCUAUUAGGCGUUGCAUUGGUGUUUAUAAUAAUCCUAGCGCCGAAAUAUGGAGGAAAAUAUGUACUGGUUUACCAAGCGAUUUGUGGGAUCCUUGGCUCUUUUACUGUAAUGGGAUCUAAAGGAACCGGUAUAGCUAUAUCACAGACAGUCAAAGGGGACCAGCAAUUCACGAACUGGUUUACUUAUGUAAAUCUGGCUAUAGUAAUUGCAUGCAUCUUGGUUGAGCUGAACUUUCUGAACCGGUCGUUAGCUAAAUUCAACACGGCUGUUGUGAUACCAAUUAACUACGUGCUAUUUACAUCGUUCGUUGUUUCUUUGUCUGCUGUUUUAUUCAAAGACUUUUUCUACAUGAACUGGAAGGAUAUAGUAUCGUUCUUCUUAGGUUUCAUCAUUGUAGUAGGUGGAAUAUUUUUACUUAAUUCCUUUAAAGACAUGGAUAUAACGAUGAAAAAUCUACCAAAGGCUCAUAAGAAAGAAAUAGAAAAGGAUGAAACUAUUAACAUUCUAGUCAAUGGAAAUAUCAAAAAUACUAACGAUACUUAUCGAAAACUGGACAAUAGUCAAAGUAUAGCUAGUAUAGACCAGAUUGUAUUUGAAACAAAAUGAUGAAUAGAGAUUCUAAGUGAAGGACUGUUAAUAGUAUAGUAAGUCCCUGGUCCAUGUAAUCUGUGAUUUUGUUCCAACUACGUGGUUCCAAUAUCCUGUUCGAUAUGAAGAUCAACGAAUAUUGUCAAACAUGUUACAAAACAUGUACAAUUCAUGUUUUUCCUCACUCAACGUUUUAGUUACGAUCGAGUGUGGAUCGAACUGGGCAUCAUAUAAAUAUAUGGGUGCGAGCAUACGUCUGACCUGGGUUUAAUCCCCAUAGCCACUCAUUAACAUAUUGAUUUGUAAAAUAUCUGCCUAUUCCUACAUUUCAGAAAAAUCACAGACUUUUAGAUAUUCGUCAGCUUUAAGAUAUACAAUUUGUGACAUAUUAUAUAAUAGCUUUUAAGCACAUUGGGUCAUUCAGAUAUAACAAGACAAACAUAUCAGUACACAUGGUUUUUACAGACAAAUUAGCCGAGAAUUAAGAUAGAAUUGUUGAUCCAAUCUGAUUUUCCAAAAAUGUGACUAAUACUAGAGUCUGUGUAAACCUUUAUAUAUAGGGAGAGACCCCCCUCGUGGUGUUCUUUUUAGAAAAGAAUAAUAGUGCUCUUACAAUCGUAUAAAAGGGGAAUUGUUUUCAUGAAUCUCAUUUCAUUAAUUAUCAUUUGAGCGAAAAAUGAAAAAAGUAGCAAAAAGGAAAAAAAGAUUAUUUUUUUUCACAUAU